CCUGUAGACAACAUAUUAUGGGAACUGGUUGCACAAAUCCCUCCUUCUUCUCUGAGUAGACAAAUUGUCUGGUCAGAGGGUCGCUUGGUCCAGUGUUCCGGAAGCAAGUGCUUACUUGAAAAGGGGCCAACAAUGUGUCCGAGGGGUAAAAGAGGGGGCCUACGAGGGCGGCAAAUUAAAUGAGGCUUAACAAGGACAUUAAGAGGGAAAGUACCUGAGGAUUAAAGAACAUUAUGGUGAAGUGGUAAUUCACAGACCCAGAGCACAAAGGAUCCAACCAGUGCAUUACUUCGAGAGAGAGGAGAGGUCAUCUAGAACCAGACCCAUGCAGACUUUCUACACAUCUCUCUGGGGAUCCAAUGUGUUGUUGAAAUCUGCUCAUAUCCGCUAGCCUGACCAAUCAGCGCAGGCAUGGAAUGAAUCACAGACUGCGAGGAUGGGUAUUCUCCAGUUUCUUUGACAACAUUGCUCUGUUCUAGGGAGCUUCAAAAGAGCUGAAAACCUUAUUAAACAAGUUUUCAGGGUCAUGUGGGUUUAUUGAAGUGAGUUGCUUUAUUAUUAUUAUUAUGUUUUAUUUUUUAUUUCACCUUUAUUUAACCAGGUAGGCUAGUUGAGAACAAGUUAUCAUUUGCAACUGCGACCUGGCCAAGAUAAAGCAUAGCAGUGUGAACAGACAACAACACAGAGUUACACAUGGAGUAAACAAUAAACAAGUCAAUAACAUGGUAGAAAAAAGAGAAUCUAUAUGACCUAGUAACCUUACCCCUUUCAUGAUAUAAAUCGUGUCACACCCUGACCUUAGACCUGACCUUAGAGAUCCUUAUUUAUUCUCUACGUUUGGUUAGGUCAGGGUGUGACUCGAGUGGGAAAAUCUAUGUUUUCUAUUUCUUUGUUGUUUUGCCGUGUGUGGUUCCCAAUCAGAGGCAGCUGUCUAUCCUUGUCUCUGAUUGGGGAUCAUAUAUAAGUUGUCAUUUUCAGUUUGGGUUUUGUGGGGUGUUGUUUUCUGUUUAGGUUGUCUCCCUGACAGAACUGUGCGUUUUCGCCUUUUGUUUUUGUGAACAUUAAAUUCUGAACACUUUCCACGCUGCGCUUUGCUCUCCUUCCGAGGACGAACGUUACAGAGAGGAGUGCUAAUACACACAUACAUGUGUUCACAAAAUAAAAUCCAACCCACACACUGUAAAGAAGAGUUUAGAACCCAUUCGAAGAAAGAAGUAUUAGAGCGAGUGUAUAUGUGCAUGUGAAGCAGAAGGAGGGUGGUCGCUAACAUGGGAAUAAAAGGAUCUGGAGGGGGUGGCUUGACACAAUACAUCUGUGAUUGCAGUAACGAGAGAGUGAGAGAGUUCUGAACUUAUGUAAGAAGGAGUGGAGGUAAGAUAAGAAUGUGAAGCUGGGUUGGGAAAUAUAAACCAAAGCAAGAGAAAAUACAUUGCCUGUAGUGAGGGAAGAGAAAGGAACAGGGGAAGGAGAAGGAACGCUUGGACAGAGACAAGAAGAGACUGAAAAGCUGAGAAGAGUGGCCAAACAGGAUACUACUGAAUUCUAUUCAACAUGGAAAAUAUGGAGCUGCCACCUCGACCAAAACUCUUUGACUUCCACGGAGUCUCCAUGAUCCACUAUUUCACUGACAACUGGGAGAACAUACAAAACUUCCAGGCCAGGCCAGAUGAUAUCCUCAUCGCCACUUACCCCAAAGCAGGUACCACAUGGGUCUCCUACAUUCUAGACCUGCUGUAUUUUGGUCAGACAGCCCCUGAGCGUCAGACUUCACUGCCUAUCUAUGAGAGAGUGCCAUUCCUGGAGAGUGACUUCCAUAUUCUCCCUCCAGGAACGGAGCUGGCAGACAAGUUAUCCACCUCUCCUCGCCUCAUCAAGACUCACCUCCCAGUCCAGUUGGUGCCCAAGUCCUUCUGGGAGCAGAACUGCAGGGUAGUAUAUGUGGCCCGUAAUGCCAAGGACAAUGCAGUGUCUUAUUUCCACUUUGACCGCAUGAACCAGGCCGACCCAGAGCCAGGAGACUGGAACAACUUCUUACAGAGAUUCAUGGAUGGAAAGAUGGUGUUUGGUCCCUGGUAUGACCAUGUGACUGGCUGGUGGGAGAGGAAAGAGACUCACUCAAAACUCCACUACGUUUUCUAUGAGGAUAUGGUUGAGGAUACGGGGAGAGAGCUGGACAUGCUGUGCUCCUUCCUAGGUUUGUCUCCUUCAGCAGAGGAGAAGGAGAAGGUGAGAGGAGGAGUGCAGUUUGAUACUAUGAAGAAAAACAGCAUGGCCAACUAUUCCACCGUCCCAAUCAUGGAUUUCAAGAUCUCUCCAUUCAUGCGAAAAGGAAAGGUUGGUGACUGGAAGAACCAUUUCACUGUGGCCCAGAGUGAACAGUUUGAUGAAGACUAUAAGAAGAAGAUGAAGAACACCACCGUACAGUUCCGCACUGUAGUCUAGGGGUUGUGGUAAAGUUGAUUGUCUGAUUGUUUGUGGUCAGCUUGAUUGAUUGUUUAUUUGGCGGAUAUGGACCUACGAUAGGCUCGGCUGGAGUGUCAGUCUUCCAUUGGUCCACAGUUAACUGGGUUAUGGUGUUGAAAUAUACAGGGUGAGGAUCAUAUCGUAUCAUAUCCUGGAGUGUGAAUGAGAAAGAUCAUGAAGUGUCUUAUAAUAUCAUUUUUUAAGAAUGAUUGAUGCUACUUUGAGAUAUGAGCUAUAGGUUGAGAACUAAAAACAAAAGUAAAAUGAGGACAGGCUGCACAGUACAUUCUUAGCAAUGUGAGCUAUUUGUAAAUCCUCUUGCCUGGUCUGUUUUUCAGUGUAUGAGAAAAAAAACAGUGAGAGUCGAUACAGUAAUAAAUAUGUGAAUGGAGAAGAGCAUUAAUAAGCAUCAAGCAUUGUUUUAUUCUGUUUAAAAAUAUAUACAUUCUUUGAAACUAACAAUUCCUACUCGUGUACAGUAUACAGUAUGACUAAACAUAAUACAUUGAUGUUCAUGUACUUGUAUUUAAAUUGAUAUGAAAUAUCUAUAUGAACCAAAGCGGUUAUCCUCUAUGGCAGGGGUGUCAAACUCAUUCCACGGAGGGCCUAGUGUCUGCAGGUUUUUGGUUUUUCCUUUCAAUAAAGCCCUAGACAACCAGGUGUGGGGAGUUCCUAACUAAUUAGUGAUGUUAAUUCAUCAAUCAAGUAUAAGGGAGGAGCGAAAACCCGCAGACACUCGGCCCCCCGUGGAAUGAGUUUGACACCUGUGCUCUAUGGGAUCGGUAUCACCCCGCGCGACGGUUGAGCUAACGUAGGCUAAUGUGAGGCAGCUUAUCAGAAGAGUUGGAGGUGUGGCUAAUGGGGGCUUUUUUUCCACACGUGAGAGUGAAUGUCAUUCCAGUUAAUGUCGUCUAUUGUAUUUGAUAUUAAAUGUUAAACUUGUACACUGCCAGCAUCUGUAAUGAUACUUAAAUAAAUGCAUGUGGUACUGAAGUGCCUGAUGAGGCUUUA